CUGCGACAGCGCCAAUGGCAGCAAAACAUAACUGUUACAGGCGAGAGGGAUGACAGCAAUAAGGAUUUAAUUGUUUGAUCAUUUCCUGCUCAUAUAAGGGAGACGUGGUUACUUAAGCUCCACACUCAGAGCCUGUAGUGCUCAAGGCCAGCAUUGAGUAUGAUUCCUUGGUUGAGGUGGAGGUGAGGAAGCAUGGAGUGGAAAUCUGAGAUGUCCAGACAAACCUGAUGACAGUAUGGUCAACGGUGGAGAAGCUCAAAAUGGAAAAACACCCAUGGAGGGAGGAGAACAUUGACUCAAGUGAGGCACAGCAUGGCACUGACGAUUCUGAGGAUGGAAGCAGCUCAGACAGCGAAUCAGAAGAUCAGCAACAGCAGAGGACUCAGGUGAGCAGCAGCAGCAGAUGUAAGAAGAGGGAGCCUUUGGCUGUCACGAAGCCCCACCGACAGCUCUGUCGCUCUCCAUGCCUCGACCGGCCCAGUUUUUCCCAGAGUAGCACUUUGCAGGAUUUCCGUGAGGAUGAGAGCAGCACAGGACCAGGGGUCAAACCUGCCAGCGACAAAGAGUACCAGACCAAGAUGGACUUUGCUUUGAAGUUGGGCUAUUCUGGAGAGCAGGUGGAGACGGUGCUCAACAAGUUGGGGGCUGCUGCACUUAUUAACGACGUUCUUGCUGAGUUAGUGAGACUUGGAAACAAAGUGGAGCCUGAAAGUCAACCUUGCAGCAGUACAGCAACAUCAACAUCCCGUCCCCCCUGUGUUAAAGAGACUGUUAGUCCAGAGGUCUCAGUGGAAGAUGACUCUGUGGAUACCUAUGAUAACCUCAGGCCUAUCGUCAUUGAUGGUUCAAAUGUGGCAAUGAGUCAUGGAAACAAAGAGGUUUUCUCUUGCCGUGGUAUCCAACUUGCUGUUGAAUGGUUCUUGGAAAAAGGACACAAAGACAUCACCGUAUUUGUUCCCGCAUGGAGAAAGGAGCAGUCGAGGCCUGAUGCCCUCAUCACGGAUCAGGAAAUACUACGCAAACUGGAAAAAGAAAAGAUCCUGGUUUUCACCCCAUCUCGGAGGGUUCAAGGCAGGAGAGUGGUGUGCUAUGAUGAUCGCUUCAUAGUGAAGCUGGCUUAUGAUUCUGAUGGAAUUAUUGUGUCAAAUGACAACUACAGAGACUUGCAAAAUGAGAAGCCAGAGUGGAAGAAGUUCAUAGAAGAGCGUCUCCUCAUGUACUCUUUUGUCAAUGACAAGUUUAUGCCCCCUGAUGAUCCUUUGGGAAGACAUGGUCCAAGCUUAGAAAAUUUCCUCCGCAAGCGCCCUGUCGUUCCAGAGCACAAAAAACAACCUUGCCCCUAUGGGAAAAAGUGCACAUAUGGACACAAGUGCAAGUACUAUCAUCCUGAGCGUGUCAACCAGCCACAGAGGUCGGUGGCCGAUGAACUACGGGCCUUCGCCAAAUUGUCUGCGGUGAAGACAAUGAGUGAGGGGGCUUUAGCUAAGUGCGGUACUGGUCCAGCAACUGUUAAGGGGGACAUGAACUCUGAGGCCAAGCGUGUGGCACCCAAACGCCAAUCUGACCCAAGUAUUCGCUCAGUGGCCUGUGAACCUCCUGAGGCACUGUCCGCUGCUCGGAAGUCUGAGACAAAUUCAGUGCCUUCCCUUGUGUCCGCUCUCAGUGUGCCCACCAUGCAGCCUGUCAAGAGCCAUGCAGCUGGUGCCUUGAACACAAGAUCAGCCAGCAGCCCGGUGCCAGGUUCUCUGCAGUUCUCCCACAGUUCUCUGGAGCACAUGUCUAGUGUACAGUACCCUCCUAUUUUAGUUACAAACAGUCAUGGCGCCUCUGUUACAUACGGUGAACAGUUUCCAAAGUAUGACUCAGUUAGCGACCAUGGCUAUUAUUCGCUACACAGUGAUUUUUCAAACAUGAGCAUGAGCAGCAUGCACAAUGUUGACAGUUUCUGUAGCAUGGAGCACGAGCAUGGUGUGUAUCAGAGAAAUCCCAGCCACUGCCCUGAAUCCUGUCUCAGCCAUUCAAACAGCGACUCGUUUUCCUCUUACGCUGACCUUUACCCAAGUUCGGUGGACAGUAGCUUGGAGGAGAGCAUGAAGGGGCAGCAGCAGUCUAACGCACAAGCUAGGAUGCAAGCAUUCUCCCAUGGCUUUCGUCAUGAAGCGCUGACUAGAGUUCAAAGUUACGGACAAGAGGAACCCAAACAGGGCCCCCGUAAGCAGCAGUCUGGAUCUCAUCUGGCACCCCAUAUCCAGCAUGUUGCAGUGGGAGCCAGGUCCAGCUGUCCUGGAGACUAUCCCCUCACUCAGAAUGUCCUCCCACCUCUGUCCUCACAGCCCACACGGUCUCUUGGCAUGACUCGUAUGGACAGCAUAUCAGACUCAAGGCUAUAUGAUAGCAACCCAAUGAGACAGAGGAGACCACCACUGUGCCGUGAGCAGCACGCCAGCUGGGACCCUCUGCCAUGUGGUAAUGAGUCCUAUGGAUAUCAUUCAUAUCCAUUGAGUAACAGCCUGAUGCCAUGUUGUGAGCGGGUGAUGGUCCGGAGCAUGCCAGAAAAAAUGGAACAAAUCUGGAACUCACCAUGGGAGAUGCCAUCUGCAGCUGAACACCAGGAGCGGUACGUCAUCCCAGACCACCAGUACCAAACAUAUCGGAACCUUUGUAACAUCUUUCCUGCUUACGUAGUCCAUUCAGUAAUGGAGAAGAACCCUCAUUUGACAGAUCCACAACAACUCGCUGCUGUCAUUGUUACAAAACUGAGGUCAUGCCAUUGAGCUUUUAAUCUUAUUUACAUUGAUGGGAUAUGACAAAGGAAAUACAGAUGUUUUUUGAUGCAAAGACAGGCACUUGUGUAAUGUUGCUGCAUGUGCAACAUCUGCCCUCAGGAGUUUAUUUUAAAUGUGUCGGGUGGAACAUUUUGUAUCAUUAAGUUGAGAUAGAAGUAAUCAGUAUGGAGAAAGUUUGUCUACUAAGUUUAUCUUUAAUUGUAAGAUGUUUCACAAAAGAAAGCUGCAGUUUUAUAUGAAGUUUUGUGCAGUUAAAGUGAGGUAAAACCUUAAAAGAAAACAAUUUCAUAACACAUUCAUACAACCUGAGCAGGAGCUGCAUGGUACCAAAUUUAUGACCAACAGAACUUUUGUGAAACCUUAUUUAAAAUAUUUAUAAAAGUCUGCAAACAUUUAGCAUGACUGUUGAAAAUCAGAUCAAAUAUGGGUGAGUCAUUGUUUAUAUUUGAUUGAUUACAUGAACAAUCUUUAUGGAGCCCCAAAGUAAAAUCAUUAUAACUUUAAAAAAUUUAGCCGGUGACCAUCUGUUAGCUUUCGCAACAACCCUGCCAAAGUCAUUAUCAGUGUAGUAUCAGUGUUGCCCAAAAUAAUUCAGUUCACGCACAUAAAACUUUGACUUGUAUAGCUUAACAAGGAAUGUGCUACUUGCCUUUUAGUCAUUUUAAUAUUUGCUUCAAUGAGAGGACAGAGUGUAACCUUGUCAGCAUGUGUGAUCUAAAAGUGUUUCUCAGAGAAAGACAAUGACUUAUAAAGUGUCAGUUUUUAAUUCUGCUGGCCUGGCUAGUGAAUUAUUAAGCGUCUUUAAUAAGCAUUUUAAGCUUUUGUGUGUAGUGUUUCUUUACUUAACGGCAAUCUCAAAUUUGAUAAUGUGGAAUAGUUGCUGCUGCAGGCAAGUGGUGCCAGCUUGCUAAUCGGAAGCAGUAGUUAAGCUUCAUGUCUGACACAGGGCGAGCAGUAAUAACACCACUGAUAUAGUUAAGGGAAUUUUACAAAUAUAAAUUGUCAUUAUUGGAUAAAAUAUCCAUACCGGGAUGUGGUUCAAAGAUAAUGGUUUAGAUUACAUGGCAACACAGUGCAGAUUGGAAGUGAUCUUGACAAAUUCUCUCACACUUGCCUGAUGUAAGAAAAGUAGAUUAAGAUUAGUUCAUUUUGUACAUCUUGUUCAGGUCCUGUGAACGUGUUAUAAAAUGCAUCUAAAGUGUUUCGGGUUCAGGGGAACCAUAGAUAACCAUGCUUAGAUCUGCCUCUGCUGUAUAUAAUUCUUGUGACUUUUUGUGCAUUAAUUUUAAAGAUAAGUAAAAAGGGAGGUAGCCACAUACCUCACAGCAUGAUCAAUGACAUUUAAUGGCCUUAUAUCUGAAUGACCUCACGCUUUAGUCGUUGUCUGAUGGGUUUCAAUGAAAGUCUUCGUCAUUGAAGCCACGUUUUUUCAAAUGUAAAGCACUAUCUCAGUAUCUAAAGAGAUAUAUUUUCUCAGCCUCACUUAACAAAGCUACUAUUUUGGUAGAAUUUGACAGUGCACAAAGCAAGCCAAACAAGAGAUUUGACUUGUAAACGUGCACAUUUCUAUGUACAUAUAAUCACACAAAAGCCAUUAUUUCAGAGUCAUUUAUAAGCUGCUAAAUAAUGCCAAAAAAAGAAUUUAUAUAGUGUCAGUAUUCUACAUUACUUUACGUUAACGGUUUGCCGAAGUGAUGGGAUUAUAUUACAAAUGAACAUGUGUUUGGAUUAUUUCCUAUGUUACACUAUACAGUUACCUAUCUGAUUUGAUUGGAUGCUACAUCCAGGUUUUCCCUAUCAGUAUACGUCUUUGUUUGUAAAAGUAUUCAAAGCAUCUUUGUUUGAAACAGGCUCUCUAAUGGACUCCCUCAUGUUGUCAGUGGAGCAGUUUAUUUGAAGGAGCAGGUCAAGUUUCUUUCAGAGCCUACUUUUAUAUGCACCCAAGUCCUUUGAUGAUUUCCAGCUUUUGUCGCUGUGAGCACUACAUUCCCUGAUCAGUUUCAGGUUUUAAGAGACACUUUGUCAACUCAGAGGAAUUUGACCAUUUAAAUUGUGUCAACUGUAUUGAUUUGAAGAAUUCAGGCAUUGAUCUAAACUAGUGAGACAAUUCAAUGUCUUCAACUGAUUUCACACAGUUUCUUUUGUGCAUAUAAAUGUAGUGAAACUUUAAGAAUUGACCUCAGCGAGCUGUAGUGUGGUUGAGUCGAGACACAGUGUGGAAAUGUACUAUUAGAGGUGGAAACAGUGCUAACCAACACUGUGUAAAUGUUUGCGCAAAGAAUUCUGCAACAGGCUGAAUAUGUACCUGAUGAGACAUUUGUCAGAUAAAGUCAAAGGAUUCUGGCUGUAACAGUUAGACCUCUAAGUGAGUUAAACACAUGACGCAUUUUGGGGUAUUUUCUUAAUUUGAUUAAUGGAAUUCCAAAAUGACGUGAACGCUAGUUGGCAUAUUGGAGGCAUUAUUUUCUGAAUGGCAUUUUAUGGGAGGCUGUAUUGCUCACAUACAGAUGUACUGUUUGUAUGUAUGCAUGCAGCCAGCCUCCAAGGAUCAUGAAAAGGGUUUGGCUGUGCCUUGCAGCACAUUGCUCUCAGGAUGCUUUCAACUUUCUAAUUUUCAGUCUUGUCCUGCCAAAAACCCAGUGGUUAUUGGCAAGAUUACUUUGAUUUAUUAAUUAUAUAUUUUGUGAAAACUCUACAUGUAACAUGUAGUAUUUUAAAGUAAGUUAUGUACAUCUGAAACGCUACGAUGGCAUUGCAAAACUGUACUUUUUGUGUAAAUGCUUGUUAUUCACCUUGAGUUCUCUAAAACUGAGCUCAUAGAGUCGCUUUACGUGAUCAGCAGCAGCUUUAGUCAAAGAAAGUCAUCAGUGAAUUGGACUUCAUGAAGGCCGUUAAAGUCCUUAAAGACUAAAAGGCUUAACAUUUUCACAAUAGGUGAAUUUUCUGGCAGUUAUUGAGCCAAUGAUUAGAUCUUGUAAAUUGUACUUAUGGAUGGGUGGAUGGUUGCCUUGAUAUACAUAUGACCUAUAGUAAGUUGCCAAGGUCAUAAGGUCAAAACUAGUUCUUAUCAACUGAUAGGAGCACAUGCAUGUUCCUAUGAGGAUGACCACCCUUGAUGGUAAUAGUCCAUUUCCUUUUCUCUUCUCCCACCCUCAGGGCCAAGUGAAAGCUGUUUGCAACAUGUAAAGCCAACCCUGAUAGCAGUUUCAUGUGUUCAUGUUUUUUUAAAGGGAAAUGCCACUUAUUUUAAGGAUGCAGGCUAUUCGGACCUAACCUUGUAAAACAAAGGUGGAUUAGGAGAGAGUUGUAGUCAUAGUGUUUUAAAAAAUAUACGAUUAAAAGCACAGAAAGUUUGGCUCACCUUGACAGUGAAUGCAGCAUUUAAACAGAUCGGACUUUUAAUCGUUUUAUUUGGGAAAUUCUUUAUGCUAUCAAAGAAAAAUGUAAUGAACAUUUUUUAACUGAGUGUAUUCCUUUUUAACAGAGUUUAUUCUGACUAUGUCUCAUUGGUGGUGCAUCAAAAGUUAUUUCUUUAUAAUGUUUAGGUACAACCAUGUAAUAUGAGCAGACUUAAAGAAAAAAAAAACAUUUGAAUGUGUUUUGCCCAAAAGAAUUUUGGGUUUUGCUGACUUUGUUUUUCAUGAAAAAAGACAUGGCCACUUAAGGCCGGCUGUCUGUUCAUGAGAAGGUGAAACAAACUGCCUAAUGUUUCUACAUGUGAAACAAUCAGAUUGCAAGGCUGCUGUCAAGGUUGUUUCUGGCAUUUGGCUCAAAGUUUGCGUGCCGUCCUUUUUCCUUGGGAAGGUUGAGUUGUCAUAAAAAAUCUUGGUCCAUGAAGUACUACAUACCCUGAUGGAAAACACAAAUCUAAAAGUAAUAAUGUGAACCCAUCUGUUGAUCAGAGACUAAAUUAGGAUCACAAGUGUUGUGAAUUAAAAUAUCUUAAAUUAUAUUGGUGUGUGUCUUAAUUAGAUCGAUAACACUGGACUAGUCAGUCACCCAGAUGAACUCAAAAUAAAACGACUUUGUUCUGUUUGAAAAAUAAUUACCACCAUAAGAUUUAUAUUAAAAAAAAAUUUAAAAUCUUAACUAGAUCCUGUAACAGAGUCCUUUAAACUCAAUUAGUUUGUUUUCAUAAAGGCGUACACACACAUGAUUUAAUUUUAGCUGCUGACAUGGCUCACAAGCAUGUGUGUUCCUAUUUCUGGCAGAGUGCCACCUAGCAGCCACUUGUCUGUAAUAAGAUAAAAUGCACUCAUGGACAAUGUGGGCCUGACAAGUAUCAGAGCAAAUCCUCAUUGAAACCCUAGUGGCUUUUAAAUGUGGGUCCAAAAUGCUGAAAAACGAUUGUGGGAUGCUGCUCUUAUCUUAAAGGUUAGCCUGUGUUGUUUUCACAAGUUCCAUCUGGACAUUUUCACACCGGACUAAAAGGGAAGAGGAAAAAAAACGACAGUCGCUAUGGCUUUAAUUGAUUCUUUCUUUACUUACUACAUUCUAUAUUAGAGGUAUCUAAAGACUGUGCUUGCUCUAAAGACUAUUUUCAUAAUGAUCUCUGUUCACUGGGUGAAUGACAUUUCCAGGCCAAAAAUAAAUUACUCUCUAUCACAACAAAAUCAUUUAAAUGUACCAAUCCAGUGUUGUGCUGUUAUUCUCCAAGGUGACACUUAAGACCAGAAGGUUGUUUCACAGUCCCCGUCCUCCCUUUGUGCCGCAAACAACUAAGCCACAAAUGUCUAGAAUUGACUUUUGCUUGUUGAUACAAAUUGUAUCUAUACCUUGAAUGUAACAAAAUAUGAAAUGUAUAAUAUUAAAAAAAGUUUAUUUAAAUAAUGAGGGGGUGGGGUGGGGGGAUCAAUGCCGUAAUGUUUGUGACACUGUGUGUCACAGGGAGUAGCCCAUUGGUAUGAACUAAUUCUUACUGGGUACAGUAGUAAACUUACAGGGACAUUUAUGCUAUUUCAAAGUGCACAGAUACCCUGUGUACAGCUGUAAGCAUCAUGUCCUCUCUGUAAAUAGUCACACGUGUGUGUGUGUGUGUACAUAUAGAAAGAGUUCUGUAAAUGUGAGAGUUACUUCAGUUGUUCUAAUACUUAGAUUAUUUCUGUGUUGUAACCUGUGCACCUUGGUUAAGUGCAUCUAUUUACUCUGAAUUUGACAUGUCUGCUUUAUGCUAUUUUAAUGGGAAUUUCAAUAUUUUUGAAACUAUUUUGCCUAAUAAAACAUGCCAAAGUUCUUCUUGGGUGGCUUCGUCAAACAUGAUUAUUUUCUUUGCACAGUGUGAAUUUAGAGCAACUUAACACCAAACACAAAUCUGCUUAUGGCCUGACGGUUAAAAACUGUUCCAAAAUAUGAUACAGAGUUCUGUUAUUGGCUGAUCUCUUGUUGCCAGAUGAUUCUAACUCAUACCCCAUCAGAUCUACAAGAAGCAAACAAGCAGCAUAUAAAACACACUGAAUGGUAAACGCAGUGAUAGCUUUACUCAGAUUUGUGUUUGCUGUAAAGGACGGUUUAAUAAAUGGAAAAUUCUCUUGAGUUUUGGAUUCAAGGACUAACACUAUGUUAACAAAUAAGACAUGAAUUGUGAUCUAUUCUACUAUAAUUCACAAAUGGUUUGGUCAUAAUUUUGCUAUAUGAGGCCAGUGGGGAUUAGAAGUGUUUUUUUAAAGAUGUAAAUGCUGAUGUUGUCAGUGAGUAUUAACUUCAGUUCAGAAUCACUUUUCUAAUGGCUAUGAGCAACACCAAAGUGAAUUUUGAUGUACACAUGUCAUGUAACGUCACAUGCUAUGACCAACACACACACAUAGACACAAACACACACACAGUUUUGUGUCCAACAAUGGUGAACCCCCUAGAAGUCUUGCAGUUUCUAACAGUAUAGGAUUUUGUCAAAGUUGACUUGCUGGUGUUAAAAAAGCCACGACAACAGGUCCACACAUUUGAACAUGACUGUACAUACAGAUAAUAGUACAUACAGUGAAAUACUCAGGUCAAAUCACACAAAACAGUUUGGAUAACUCAUUUGGUUGUUUUCUAUUCUUGGAAAAGUCAGUGGUCACAUUUCUGAGGUAGUAAAGGUCUCCUGUUUGAGUAGACCGAUGUGUUGUCCAUGUACAAAGGGAAAUAUAAAGCAAGUUUUUUGUGUGUGUUGUGAUGAUCUGUGGUAUUGUUAUCCAUGCUGAGUGGAAAGCAUUGCUUUUAUAGACCAAAAUGCACAAAAAUAGAGGAUCUUUGGGUCUGUGGGCUCAAACAAAAUGUAAGUCUUAAUGACAAAACGUGUUUAUCUCCUUAAAUAAAGCAAAAUUCUGUUCAAA